GUGAAGAGAGGAGUGAUUAAACUCUUUUCAUACAAAGAGUCUCUCACAUUCAGACUUGUCUUACGGCUCAGCGUUUCAUUCACAAGCACGAGGUAAAACCUUUACUCACCUGAGCUGACAGCACUCCAGCACAGACACCUCACAGGACAGAGCUAUGAACAGCUUCAAGUUGUUGAAACUGAUAGUUCUCUUCUUGGUGACUCUUGUCAUAAUGAAAUUUUUCUCCAGUUCAAACAAGGGAAGAGUAAAAAUAAACUCAAAAAUCAUGGACAUGGAUACAAAUAUUUUCUGGUGGAACAAUUAUACUCCUGAGCCUGAGAAUUUGGAUGCACCAAAAGAGCCUCCAAAAGCCGAAAAAAACCUUGAGAAAAAAAUCAUCAAGAAGGAACCGGAACCAAAUCCAGAAGAACCUCACAAUUUAGAUUCACCAGUGGAGCCUAAAGAGGCUAAGAAGAAGCCUGUGAUAGAAAACGUCAAGAAGGAACCAGAACCAAAUAUAGAAGAAGAGAUAGAAAUCAUAGAAGUCCCAGUGAAACCAUCUACAGGCCCUCUUCGUCUAGUACACUUAGACCUUAAGGGUGCUGCCCCCAAAGUCAGUUACCUUAAGCAGAUUUUUCCACUGUUCUCCUCUCUGGGCGCUCAUGGUAUUUUGAUAGAGUAUGAGGACAUGUUUCCCUAUGAAGGAGAACUUGAGAUUCUAAAGUCACCGUUUGCCUACAGUGUGGAGGAUAUAGAGGAAAUCAAGACUCUGGCGAACCUCAAUAAACUUGAGCUAAUCCCUCUAAUGCAGGUAUUUGGGCAUCUAGAGUUUGUUCUGAAACAUGAGAAGUAUGCCCAUUUAAGGGAGGUGCCGAAGUAUCCCAACAGCCUGAACGCCCUAGCCCCUGAUAGCCUGCCGCUGCUUAAAAAUAUGCUAAAGCAGAUCUUGAAGAGACACCCAGAGGCACGGUUUUUCCACAUUGGAGCUGAUGAGGUUUACGAGCUUGGCGAGAGCGAGGACUCAAAACGCUGGUUGGAGAAGAAUAAUGGAGACGUGGGAGCACUGUACCUCAGCCAUGUGUCAAACGUUUGCCAUCUAGUGACAGAGAUGAGACCUGGAAUGAAAAUGAUCUUCUGGGACGAUAUGAUCAGAAAGAUCAGCGUCCCCACCCUGCAAACCUCAGAUGUACCAAAACUUGCAUUCCCUAUGAUAUGGAACUACAAUCCACAGAUUGAUAUGCAAAGCCUAGCAAAGCUACUGGAAAAGUACCGGGAUGCUGGAUUUUUAGGUGUUUGGUUUGCGAGCUCAUUUAAAGGCACUUCAGGGGUUGACCAGAGAUGGACUCCACUGAAACAUCACUUAGACAAUCAUCUAUCCUGGCUUAAAGUCAUGGACUCCAUGGAUCAGUACCCUUCUCUAACUUUUCAAGGCAUUGCCAUAACAGGCUGGCAAAGAUAUGAACACUUUACACGUCUAUGUGAACUGCUGCCUGUGGCCAUCCCUUCUCUGGCUGUCUGUCUACAGACUCUGAAAUAUGGUUCAUUUAACGAAGAGGCCGUAAAGGCAGUACAUCAUAUUUUGGGCUGCAAUAUUAAGUUGGAUCCUAAUAUAUGUGAAGGCAGUGGGUCAUUUGUGGGUGCUGAGAUUUACCACAAGGUGCGAAAGAUCCACACUGAACUGCAGAGCUCUAUUGAUUCAAUGAUGACAGACCACUUUCUACGAGGUUCUCUCAGCAAUUACCUGCGGAAGUACAACUUUGCAAACCCACGGAAUUUAAGACAAUUUAAAACCAAAUUGAGAAAGCUGCAGGAUGAUUGGGAGUCCAUGCUGGAGACGUUUCGGAAGGAGAUGGAGGCCAUCUUCUAUCCAGACACUGUGGAGGAGUGGAUGGAGGAUAACGUCAACGAACAGAUGACUAAACUCCGCAGCAUGGUGCAAGACACAGAGCGCAUUUAUGACCUUGAUGGCCGUAAAAAGAGUCUUAACACUUAAUACGGCUUUGACUAGAAGGAAGGUGUUAACCUACAGUGUCUAAUGGUCAACUGAUUUUGGGGGAACAGAUCGCUUGUCCCUUAGCCAUGCCCAAUCAGUGAACUGUGAAAUGUUCCCCAUCAUCACAGAAUGCACUGUACCAGGUACGGUAUUGCCGGUACAUAAAUUAUAACUAAUUUUAGUGUUUUGCAGCUUACUAGGCUAGCAGGGUUUACCAAAGGGCUAGCUAGGCUAGCUAACUGAUCAUUUUUAAUAGCUAACUGCAUUAGUGUGUAGGCCUGAUCUACUAAGCCCACAGUACACAGUCUAGAAUAUAGAAAACCAUCCAUACAACCAUAACACAAAAACAUUAACAAGGAUUUAAGGGCCAGACUCAAAUAAAACACC